UUUUUAGGCCUGUGCACCACGUUAUGUGUUCCAUACAAUGACACCAAUAAAAUCGAUGCGGUAUGAUCCAGUUGGUACGUGCUUCACAUCCAGAAACUUUUCUCAAUUUAAUGAAAUUUCACCUUGCCGCACAAAUAACUGGGGCUACCAUAGGCAAGGUUCAUGUCAAGCAGGGUUUAGUGCAGCUGCAAGUCAAGUAAGUAAACUAUAUUGAA